AAGUGAAUCAAUGGCUUUGCAUUGUACAGAGGUAUCGUAUGUCACUGGCUAGCAAUUGCUACAUGUAGGGAAGUGAACACGACUUCCUCCUUCCCAGCCCUAUAGCUUUUCGAGAGUGCUCGCCGACUCUGUGAGCCACGAAGAAAUGUGGCGAGUGUAACAGAAAUAGGGCUUGUAGGCGCCGAGUUAUUUCUUCAGCUACCUGCAAAUGAAACUUUGCGGGUGUUUACUCCAAUUUUAUUUCUGCGGACUAUUCAGCCCUUUGCUCAGCAGCGCGCAGUGAAAUAAUACUAUGGCAGCGACCAAGCCUUCUCAGAACCAAGUUUAUGGAAGGAUAUAACGGGGAGGCCUGACAACUUCUCAAACUUCUGGGCGACAGCAUAAUAAGGCGUGAAAAUGAAGAAGCAAUUUAAUCGAAUGAAACAGCUCGCCAACCAAACAGUUGGAAGAGCUGAGAAAACUGAGGUGCUGAGUGAGGACCUUCUCCAGAUUGAGCGUCGGAUGGAGACGGUGCGGUCCGUCUCGCACAACGUCCACAAGAAGAUGCUGGCCUGCCUACAGGGUCAGGUUGGGGCUGACGUGGACAAAAGACAUAAAAAGCUUCCCAUCACUGCCCUUGCACAGGCCAUGAAGGAUGGGAGCGGUCACCUGGGUGACGAGUCUCUGAUUGGUAAAAUGAUGGACCUCUGCGGAGAAGCUGAAGACCAACUGGCCUACGAUCAGUCUCAACAUGAGGUGCAGGUUCAGAAAGACAUCCUGGACCCUCUAAACCAGCUUGCUGAGGUGGACAUUCCCAACAUACUUAAGCAGAGAAGGCAACUAGCCAAGCUGGUGUUGGACUAUGACUCUGCAAAAGCCCGAUACUAUCAGGCCAACAAGUCCACCAGCCAUCACGCCCUGGCAGCAAAAGCGGACACCCUCAAAGAUGAGAUGGAUGAGGCCCUGAACAAAGUGGAGAUCUGCAAGGAUCAGCUGGCUGCAGACAUGUACAACUUCUUCUCAAAGGAAGGGGAUUAUGCCCGCUAUUAUGUCACGUUACUAGAAGCCCAGGCUGACUACCACAGACGAUCACUAGCCGCUAUUGAAAGAGUCCUGCCCAACAUUCAGUCCCAACAAGACUCGUGGACGGAGCAGCCGGCCUUCGGCUCAGCCCUGGAGGACCACCUGAAGCGUAGCAGCAGGGACAUCGCCCUGCCCAUCGAGGCCUGUGUGAUGAUGCUACUGGAGACGGGCAUGAAAGAGGAGGGACUCUUCCGGAUUGCAGCAGGGGCCUCCAAACUGAAGAAGCUUAAGGCAGCCCUGGACUGUUCCACGUCCCAACUGGAGGAUUUCUACUCCGACCCCCAUGCCGUAGCUGGAGCCCUGAAGUCUUACCUGAGGGAGCUGCCUGAGCCUCUCAUGACCUUUCACCUCUAUGAUGACUGGAUCCAAGCCUCAAGUGUUCCAGACCCAGACAAACGGCUCCAGGCGCUAUGGGUGACCUGUGAUAAAAUGCCAAAGCACAACCAUGCCAAUUUUAAGUAUUUGAUUAAGUUCCUGGCUAAGCUUGCUCAGGAUAGUGAUGUCAACAAGAUGACUCCCAGCAACAUUGCCAUAGUGUUGGGACCAAACCUCCUCUGGGCUAAAACUGAAGGAUCUCUGGCCGAGAUGGCAGCAGCAACCUCGGUCCAUGUGGUAACCAUCAUCGAGCCCAUCAUUCUGCACGCCGACUGGUUCUUCCCCGAUGAGGUGGAGUUCAACGUGUCGGGCAUGUUCACCGCGCCCUCGCACCCAACCAGCCACCCUGGUUCCCCCGGCCCCCUGGACCCCGAGGUGCCCCCCACCUUGGAGCGUCGGCGGCCAGGCAGCCAGCAUCUCCAGCAGCAGACUGCUGAGCAGGAGAGCAGUGUGGGUAGUCGGGAGAUGCCCCCCCCCAGCCCGGUGUCCACACCACAUCCCCAGAGGAACGGGCCGCCCGGAGGGACCCCGGGUCAGCUGAGCUUUGGGGCCCCAGCCGCCGGCUCCAAAGGGCCCAGCCCCGCACCGAACCGCAGAGGUACAAAGAAGCAAGCCCCGGCUCCUCCCAAACCCUCCCAGACGGCCAGUAGUCAGCCCCCUCCGGCCUCGUCCACCCCUGCAGCCUUUCCAUCAGUCACGCCCUGCAGACCUGCUCCCUCUCCCAACCCCUCCUCUGCCCCGAGCCCCGCCCCGCACCCUGUGGCCACACCCCGCCGCCAGGCCAGCAUACAGGGCCCCUUCCAGUCCCCCAGCCACCCGCCCCCUCAGCCCCCACCGGGCAGCGGCAGCAGCAGCAGCAGUGCCGAGCCCGACCCCUCUCCCCCCAGAACCCCUACCCCGCCGGGCACUCCUCCCCAUGAUGGUGGCGGCCACCAGACCGGCUCGCUCCCCAGGCCCAAACCCGCUCCCAGGCCCAGACCUCGGCCUAGCGUGCCACCGCCACCAAACCCGCCUACCAAUGGAGUCUGCGGUUCAGCUUCCAAGGUCAUAACAGAAGGGAAUCUAAAGAUGCUGGGGAGAGCGUUCAUUCCUGACAUCGCAAUGGACGAGACGAGUCAGAGCCCUCCCCCAGAGCCUGAGCCCCAACCAGAAAGCACCGCCCUGUGACAGACUUGCGCUCUAGCCAAUCACUGCUUCCCCUAAAUCCCCAUCAGAGAGAACCCAGCCAGUCCCGCACCACCACCGCAUGUCCUAUCCCAGCUGGAGUCCAGUGCCUGUAAAUGUUGCACACAGCGCUUAAGAAGCUCCCCUAAAGCCACCACUUCAUCAUCUGGAUCCCUUCUGGUGGAUGCGAAUGUUCAUAUAUCUGUAAUUGUGUCUGAAUGUGAUAUAUCUGAAUGUGUUCAGCUCACACACACACACACACACACACACACACACACACACACACACACACACACACACACACACACACACUGAAUUUCACUCUUGCCACUUGCCCUUGCCAGUUUCUUUCUUAUUGAUAUUAGCACGAUCAUUUUUCUGAGUGGCACUACCUUUGUGUUGUGGUUUAUUUUGCAGCUUGAUGUUUUUAACUUUGUGUAUUUUUGAAUGAUGGAUAUUAAAUAUACAUAGGUCUGUUGAACAGAAGAGUAAGGGAAAAGCAAAGCUAACCUGUGGCCACGUAAGUCCACUGCUUUACCCAUCCUCCCAUCCCACUGCUGCACUGUGAACACACACCCACAAACACACUCAUAUGUACACACACAUACACACACCUUUCAGUACAUUCCACUCCUUAGUGCUUAGAGUCCACAUAAAGCCAAGCAAGUUUGUUUUCGUAUUUAGAUACAGGUCUGAGAAAUUUACAUUUUUAAAGUAAAGGUUAUGAAAAUGUUCUGAGCAAUUUAGUUUAUGGUUCCAGAAAGUGCACAGGGGUAAUACGAGAAAAAGAUAUCAAAGAUUAUGAAUGUAAUUUUUCCACUUGAAUAUGAAGCUGACAUUUUGGUAUAUAAUUACAAAUUUGUCUUUUUAUAUUUGUUACUUGAUUUUUUUCCUGUCUUGUGUAUGUAUGUAUGUAUGUAUUCAAUUCAGUUUUGAUGUUAUCUAUAAAAAUCCUUCCUCUUUUGGGUUCUGAUUUUGGUUGAAAAUAAGAUGUGGCCUAAAUCAUUUAUCCUUUUAAAUGUGAUGUCGAGUAUUAGAAAAACAUAAUGUCACUCACACACCCUAAAGGCUGUUCUUACAUUACUUUCAGUUUCAUGGUUUGUAUGGCUUCUAUAGCCUACAGCAGUACAUAUCAGUAUAUGCCGUUGAGAUAUUUAAGAACAAUCAAGCGUCAAUGUCAUUAUCACAGUCAUAACGAGUCAUGAUCACAGUAUCAGAAAUGUCUGUUGUCCAACAUCCGUCUUUACUGGCAGAAUUAUGUGCAAAGUGUAUGUUUGCACUUAAAAAUGUAAAUACUGGCAAUGGCAGAACUGGUUAUGCUAGUAGAAAAAAACUGAUCUUCACACAGCUCAGUUGGAAAAUGUGCAUCAUGUUUAAUGCCAAAGAGAUUCUCAGAUAUUCUGUCUAUGCAUACCUCUCAGUGCAUUGGUGUCAUUCUGUCGUUUUUUUUGAUCGUUUUGCUAUGAUUGCAAUGGUAGUGACCAAAGCUGUUUUUUCAAUCUUUUUCCAUUCUAUGCACAUAUAACCUGUUCAAAUGCUUGAAAAGAAAUCCAAUAAAAGAAUGUCAUUCAAGUAA